AUGCCUACGACAGAUAACUACGGCGCCUCUCCCCCGAUGGACUCACCUCUCGCAUCGUCGUCUGCAGACCUGGCCAUCCGCCCUGACCAAAUCCAAUACGCUGCUUUCGGCACCCCUUCCAUCGUGGCUCGUUUCCCCGAUCAUCACCCCUCGCUUCGACUCGCUGGGAAUCUUUGCCGACGCCCCGCACCGCGCCCCUAA